UGUGUUACACACACUCGCGACGGUAGAUUCCACACGCCAUUGUGAAAAGCCCUCCCUUGUCAGCUGUGUGUUUAAGUGGAACUGCGUGAAAUUUACAGGCCGGGCAGUGUAGCUUUAAAGUUACUUGUGGAAGUGGGCCAGUGUUCAACUCAAGAAAAAAGUUUUUAAAUACACGGCCACCAUGGCGACUGAUUCCUGGGCCCGUGCUGUAGAUGAGCAAGAAGCUGCCGCUGAUUCGAUCAGUACCCUGCAAAUUAGUGAAAAAGAAGACAAAGCCAAACCCGAGGAGAACGGCACUGUCAAGGCUGAUGGCCAGGGAGAUGGACCGGUGGCAAAGACAGAGGAGGAGGAUAAAGAGGAUAAGGCGGCACAGUCCUUGUUAAAUAAGUUGAUACGAAACAACUUGGUCAACACGAACAAUCAAGUGGAAGUUCUUCAGCGAGAUCCGAACUCUCCACUCUACUCGGUCAAGUCGUUUGAGGAGCUUCGGUUAAAGCCUCAGCUGCUGCAGGGAGUGUACGCCAUGGGCUUCAACCGACCCUCCAAGAUCCAGGAGAACGCUCUGCCCAUGAUGCUAGCUGAACCCCCACAGAACCUGAUUGCCCAGUCUCAGUCAGGCACAGGUAAAACCGCUGCCUUCGUCUUGGCCAUGCUCAGUCGAGUGGACCCUGCCAACAGAUGGCCGCAGAGUCUGUGUGUUUCGCCCACCUAUGAACUGGCCCUCCAGACUGGAAAAGUCAUUGAACAGAUGGGGAAGUUCUACCCUGAGGUCAAACUCAUCUAUGGAAUCCGUGGAAACAAACUGGACAGGGGGGUGAAGAUACAGGAACAGAUUGUGAUUGGCACGCCAGGAACCAUAUUGGACUGGUGUCUGAAGUUCAAGUUCAUCGACCCCAAGAAGAUCAAAGUCUUCGUGUUGGAUGAGGCCGAUGUGAUGAUUGCAACACAAGGCCAUCAAGACCAGAGCAUCCGCAUCCAGAGGAUGUUGUCCAAGAGCUGUCAGAUGCUGCUGUUCUCCGCCACGUUUGAGGAGUCGGUGUGGAACUUUGCCAAGAGGAUCGUGCCGGACCCCAACAUCAUCAAGCUGAAGCGGGAGGAGGAGACGCUGGACACCAUCAAACAGUACUACGUCAGCUGCUGUAGCAAGGAGGAGAAGUUCCAGGCGCUGUGCAACAUCUACGGGGCCAUCACCAUUGCCCAGGCCAUGAUCUUCUGCCAUACCAGGAAAACAGCAGGCUGGCUGGCGGGAGAGCUGUCAAGGGAAGGCCACCAGGUGGCGCUCUUAAGUGGCGAGAUGGCGGUAGAGCAGAGAGCCGCAGUCAUUGACCGCUUCAGAGACGGCAAAGAAAAAGUGCUGGUCACCACCAACGUCUGUGCCAGAGGCAUCGAUGUGGAGCAGGUUUCCGUGGUGAUCAACUUUGAUUUGCCAGUGGAUAAAGAUGGUAACCCUGACAACGAGACGUACCUGCACAGGAUCGGGAGGACAGGGCGUUUUGGCAAGAGAGGACUCGCCAUCAAUAUGGUGGACAGCAAGUCCAGCAUGAACAUCCUGAACCGGAUCCAGGAACACUUCAAAAAGAAGAUUGAGAAGCUGGACACAGAUGACCUUGACGAAAUUGAGAAAAUCGCCAACUGAGCCCAGCUGGGUCACAGCGGUGGCAGCGGCUUUUUUUCCCUCCGCACGGGACUGUCCUGCACAGAGUUUUAAUUUUUACGAGCACAAAGUCUCGACGACCACGUACACCAGUGAAAAUGUCUUAUCUCAAAACAGUCCUUUUUAAAUCGUUUUUUUUUUUUCCCUUCUUCUUUUUUCAUGUCACAACAAUGUUUUCACUCUUUGUACGUCUAAACGAAAACCUCAGCACUAGUAUUGUUGUGACUGGGUUGUUUGUAAAAAAAAAAAACUAAAAACAAAUUAGAAUACAAACAAACAAAAAGUAGUGUGAGUUGCACACUGGACCUCCUAGAGGGUCCCCUCACUUCUGGCGUUUCUGGCCUUAGGUCAGUGAAGCGUUCUGGUAUCAAGCGGAUUUGGUCCCUGUUUUAAAUGAUUUAUUGCAAUAACAGAAUCACAAAUUCAAGGAGGAACCCUAAGAAUUUGAUCCUGUUUCGGAAUCGGUUCCCAAAAACGUUUGUGAUUUCUGUAGAAUAUUUUUUUAAAAAAAGGACAUCUUUUUUUCAAAUCAGAUUGGUUUGGGCAUUAGGUACUCUAUUAAGAUGUAAUUACAAUGAAUGUGAAGAUAGUUUUCAAAGUUCGGAUGACGGAACAGCAUCAUGUUGGUUCUGCUUCUGCUGUUUGAUCUCUAUUGGGUUUUGAAAAAGUUAAUAAAUAUGGAUGAGUUUCGGUGACUCCGUUGCCAAAGUCCGCAGUGACAUCCGUGUGUGUAGAAUUAAGCCAAAGAGAUCCCUAAUGUGGUUAAUGAGAUUCUGCUCUAGGAUUCGGCUCGGUAAUGACUGUUGUAAGUCUGGUACAAAGAGUGAAAACUUGUGCAUGUCGAGGCUCUACAGAGCCCCCACACACACAACACACACACACACACGCUGAAGCAGGGAAGGGUGAAAGAUUGUGUCGGAGACACCGCCACCAUCAAAUUAGUGUUACGAAUGUGGUUAAGAAAACCCUGGUGUCAGUGGAUAAGCUUCUUUGGCCCACCGCUGGUCGCUGUAAUUCUGCAAAUAGACUGUUGAAGAUGGCAGAGGUCAAAGCAAAAAGUCAUUUAUUUUUUAUUUUUUUUUAUUUGUUUUUCUUCUAUUGUUUUUAGGAAAGUAAUUUGUCAAAGUUUUUUGAAGAGCUGAAAUAAGUUUACUUGCCAAGUGCAUUCGCCCCUUUGAGUGGCUCUGGUUGUGAGACUUUUCUUUCUGUUUCUAAAUCAGACUUGGUUGACAAACAGUCAGUAUUGUUGCAUUCAGCACCUGAGGUUUGUUCUGCGCUCUGCCCUAGUCAGAAAGAACCUUCUUAAAUCAUUGUAAUAAAGUUUCUCUACAUACAGGAAGUGAAGUCACUAGGCGCAUGAGUUUCAGUAGCCAAUCAGGAUUGUUCUUGCAAAAAACAAAUACACUCAAGAAAGUGAAUGAGUCGAUGUGGAAAAUUGGAUUUGUUCUUGGCAAACUUCUCAAGCAUUUCCACUGCCUAGCUUCAUGCAUUGAGUUUAAGGCUACGCACAAACGUUGUGUUCACCCAGUCAAUAUGAGAUGCAAUCACAAAACACCACAUGAGAGAUUGUGUUCUAUUUUUUAACUCCAUGUUUGAUGUUGAAUGCUGGACCGAAUAACAAACAACAAAAAAGGACUGCUUGAUUUGUUGGAACACUAAACAUUCUCCUUCCAUCACAUCCCAUGUUAUUGGCACUGAUGCAAACAAGGAUCGUCCUUCCUCAUGCCAUCAUAUCACUCCAGGCUAAAAAAAAAAAAACUUAAGUCAUCUCGUUUUUGGGGAUGGCCUCAGCUCUAAUGAAUGUUAAACAAAGAAGUGUGGGAGUACUGUACACUUCACAGAAACCUCCGCUGUCAUUGGGAUGUGUAGCCAACCUCCCUGGACAGUCACACACACUCACACUCAGUGAAGUCUGCGUACAACUAGUCCCAAUGCAGUUCAGUUCUAUUUGAAUGCCUAGCCCAGGAGAAGCCAUGCCGUACUUUUUGGCCCUUCUCAGACUCCAUACCCUGUGCUCUGACAUGGUGGCUAGGUUCUGUAUGAUGCAGAAGGUGAAUGAAAGAUAUUAAAGACGAAUGAAUGCCUUCUGUAGUGGUGCGUUUUCAAAUCGAACAUGUAUAUUAAAGUUGCAUUGUUCCACCA